GGCUCACUGGUAAGCAGCGUGGUACAGCCGGGCUGGCCGUAGGGAGCAUUGCUGCCAGGCACUCCAGGGCAGCUGCACGUUGAACAUGGGUAUCCUCAGAUUGGCCUCGCAGCAAAAUCUGCUCAGGACAGAGAUACGAUGUGGUUUGCCAGAGCCUGACAGCCCCUCGGUGCCACCGGCAGCCGAGCAUCCCCCUGGGAACAUGGGCUCAUCCCUGGCUGUGCGGGCAGCAUGGCCACGUCUCCCCAGGCCGGGUGGAUCUGGCCGGCGAGGCAGCUCUGUCCCUGGAUUUCUGUAGCUUUUCGUGUUGUUUCCUCCCCUCCCACCCCCACUCCGGUUUUAUCUGCUCCGUUGAAAUAGAUCCCUGGAGGGAAACCCAUCGGCGCAGAGAAGCCUUGGCAGGAGGAGAGCGGAUGCGGCCGGGCCGGGUGUCCCUGCGGGGCGACGGGCAGCUGCAGGCAGCUGUGCUGGCAGGAAGCCGCACAGACACCCUGCUCCAUGACCUGCCUGCACCCCACCUGGCAGCUGGGGAAACUGAGGCACAGCCCUGCCAGCGCGGCCACCUCGCUGGAGCCACGGCAAUGAACGGGCAGGCCCUGCCGUCUGGCACGCCAGCGCAUCCCCGGGGCUGGCAUGAGUUCUGCGAGCUCCACGCCAUCAGCACCGCCAAGGAGCUGGCGCGGCACUACCUGCGCUUUGCCACCGAGCACCCGCACCAUGACCUCCUGGCUGCUGAGAACUUCUCGGUGCAGUUCACCGACCUCUUCCAGCAGUAUUUCUGCCAUGAGGUGAAGGAAGGUUUUGCCAUGAACCAGCUCCGCAUCCUGCCCGCCGGCCCAGCGCGGGAUUACCGGGAGACGCAUCGGCGGCACACAGAUCUCUCCUUGGACACGGUGGCCACCAAAGCUGAGCCGGAGCCAGUUGCUCACUCUGAGCAACCCAGCCAUGUCCCCGAGGCCACCCCAGCAGGGCUGCGCAAGUCCUGGAGCUCGGAGGAGCUGGCGGGGCCAGCCCGGCGACCCUUCUCCCUCAGCCAACUGCGCCGGAGCUGGCGCAGCCUCUUCCGACGCCGUUCCUCAGACACCCUCCCUGGGGACGGGGAUGGGGAGGUGACAGCAGAGGCAACAGCAGCUCUCAAGACAGGACCAGGCAAGCGUAUCCUGCCCUGGGGGCUGCCACGGGAGCAGCCCCCUGAGGUGCGCAAGGAGGGGCUGCUCAAGUACGGGCUGUUGGAUGAGACCUCCCUGGAUGUGGGGACGCGCUGGCAGCGGUGCCGCCUGGUGCUGCGGCGAGCAGGAACAUCUGACAACGAGGAGUACGUGCUGGAGCUCUUCGACCCGCCCAAGGGCUCCAAGCCAAAGCUGCUGGCUGCCUGCUCUGCCAUCCGGGAGGUGCGGAGCUGCACACGCCUUGAGAUGCCGGAUAACCUCCACACCUUUGUCCUCAAGGUCACUAAUGCCACCGAUGUGGUGUUUGAGGCAGGGGACGAGCAGCAGCUCAGCUCCUGGACAGCCGAGAUCCGAGAGUGUGUGCACAGGGGCAGGUCUGAUGUGGGUGACCCCGAGCUGCUGGCGUGCCGGCACCCUGACCCCACGGCCACCAGCCCCACCGCCAGCUCCAACACCCUCAGCCAAGGGGUGACGCCAGGGGGCCCGGGGGAGGCGGCGGGGCCGAAGAUGGAGCAGUUCCUCUCCUCCUGCCCCUGGUUCCAUGGGCCCAUCUCCCGGGUGAAGGCAGCUCAGCUGGUGCAGCUGGGGGGGCUGGAGGGCCACGGCGUCUUCCUGGUGCGGCAGAGCGAGACGCGCCGCGGCGAGUACGUCCUCACCUUCAACUUCCAGGGCAGAGCAAAGCACCUGCGGCUGGCGCUGACGGAGCGGGGCCAGUGCCGCGUCCAGCACCUGCGCUUCGCCUCCAUCCUGGAGAUGCUGCAGCAUUUCCAUCGCUACCCCAUCCCGCUGGAGUGUGGGGCAGCCUGCGACGUCCGGCUGUCCAGCUACGUCGUUGUCCUGCCCCAAGCUCCCGGCUCCGCCAGCACCGUCCCUCUCCCCCUGCCCGUUCCCAGCUGGAGCCCCGAGUUCAGCCUCGACCCUGCCGACCCCUCCUGCCCUGAGGCCCCCCCGGGUCCCCCACCGGAGCAGAUCUUCCACCUGGUGCCAUCACCAGCUGAGCUGCUGCAGACCCUCCGGCCCAGCGGGGUGGCCCCAGCCCCCGGCCCCCGGCACCGCGAUUCGGACUAUGAGGGGGACGCUCCGGGCCGGGGCCACGUCCGGGCCAUCGACAACCAGUACACGCCGCUCUGACCGGCACCGGGAUGCACUUUCGGGUGGAGAAAUCCUGGAGACCUUCCAGCUGCAGUCACUCCCUGCACCAGCCAGAGGAAUCCACCAUGGGCUUUGCUUACUGAGAUGUGAACACUAACUGUGAGUUUUUCCCCCACGCAAUUUUUGUACCUCACCCACCCUGUUCUCACUCCCUUUCCCCCCACUGUGUUCCCAGGAGUUUGGGGUAUUUGAAGCUCUGCAGGGGCCUCUUGCAGGCAAGGGGGUGCCAUGGGUGUGGGCCUCCCCAGCUGGAGGAAAAGCCUUUCCCAACCAGACCACUUCCCCCCCCCGAGCCCACAUCAGGGCUGGACACCCCAAUGUGCCUUAGGUGGAGGAGGCCAGUGGGUCAGCACCUCAAUGGCCAUAAUUACACACACCGUGCUAAUUACACACACCAGCUUGUCCCAGGAGCACCAUUCCUUGCACAGGGAGUUGCACACCAAGUGAGACUGUAGACACUGCCGUAAUUCCCCUGGGAACACCGGUGCAAUCCAGCACUUCCCGGGGUUCACUGUCCCCCCAUCCCUGGCCAAGGCUCCCACACAAGAGGCCGGGAGCACGGCCGUGUCCCAGUGGAUCAGCUGUGUCCCAGUGGAUCAGCCGUGUCCCAGGGUGCCACGGUACCUGCCGGUAGUGGGGGCGGCUGCACCAAGAGGAACCACUUCUUAGAAGCUGCAGUUAUUUUAAGAAUAAGGAAGGAGCUGGAGCUCUUGCGACAUGCAGGAGGGGAUGUUCACACCACUCAACUUCCAGAUUUCUCAGCACAGCUUUCCCCGGGAUUUUGGAUGCAAAACUGGCCUUGAAAUUGCCUUACAGGAAUGCCUUGUUUUGUUGUUGUUGUUUUUUUUUUAUUUCCCUUGAGGUAGGAUCCCUCGGGAGCAUUAAUGUUUAGGAAUUGAUUUCAAGCUAACAAAAAAGCCCCACCAGGCCAAGCCAGGGAGUUUUGCACCCAUUUUGCCCACUUGGCCAGCGAAGCCCAAGGAGCCAAGAUCUGCUCAAGGUGGGGAACUGAAAGGCAAGGUCUGGCUGGGCCAGAAGGGGCAGAUGUAGCACAGGCUGGAACCAGGACAGGGCCAAAACAGCCAGGCUCAAAUGCAGCCAUGACUGCAAAGCUGGUUUUAAAGGUAGUAGUCAUAGAGUGAGACCUGGGAGAAAUGGGAUAACAUCACCUUCAGAAACUGCUUUGGAUUUGCUUUUUAUGCCUCUCCAGCUUCUGCUCCAGGCCUCUCCUGGGCUGUCUUUGCACGAUCAGAGCAGGCAAGGGCUUUCCUCCCCCCUCCUCCUGUUUCCUCUGUUUGAAACCACUUGAAACUGGGCACACAGGAAGCCAUCCUGCAUUUGGGCAGGGCUCAGCAUUUCCCAGAGCCCAGCACACACUCAUUUAGAGGGGAGUUGCACCAGUUGGUCCCAUCUCCAGCACUGCCAGACCCGGCGGUGCUCCCGGGCACACAAAGGCAGCCCUGUCCAUGGCUGGGGCUUCCCAGCUGUAUCCACAUCCCAUUUUCCUCCCUGGAGCAGCACCCAAUGGCAGGAGCACAUAGGCAGGGCUGGUCAGUGCCAGGGAAGUCAUCUCCCUUCAGUGCUGAUCUAGACCUUCCCAUGCUCUGGCAUUUGUAGGAAUGAAGAAGGGAAGGGGAGGAAGCACAGCACAAGUUUCUUCCCUCCUUUGCCUGCUUGGUGUGUGGCUCCCAGAGAACACACCCUUCAGAAAACACUUGCACGUGAUAAAGCAUGUUCAAAAUGUUUUGGGUUUUGUUGGGGG